AUGGUCCGCCUCCUUCCCUCCUUCCUAGUCCUCGCUGCCGCAGUCCACAAUGCUGUCGCUCAAUCGCAGUAUCUUCUUGGGUUGGGAAUCGCUGACAUCACGGGCCCUGUUGUGGAGACGAACAUGAUGGGCUACGCUAGUCUACCUCAAACCGACAGCGGACUUCACCAGCGGCAACGGGCUCGCGCUUUCAUCAUCGGAGAGACCGGAAACACGACUAACCGAGUGGUGUUCAUUAAUGCUGAUAUUGCGAUGGGUGACACGGGCAUUCGACGAGCUAUACUGGCCAAACUUGCCUCCAAAUAUGGGUCAUUAUAUACCGCCACAAACUUCGCGCUUUCGAGCACACAUCAACACAGUGGCGUUGGGGGUUACCUCGAGAAUUUACUCCCCCAACUUACCGCUCUGGGCUUCGUGAAGCAAAGCUACGACGCGAUUGUUCAGGGUGUUGUGCUUGCUGUUGACCGUGCCCAUGCUUCCCUUAAGCCCGGCACACUGGGCGUUGGGAACACGACCGUCGUCGGUGGAAAUCGCAACCGCAGUCCGACCGCAUAUCUGGCCAACCCUCAGGCCGAACGAGACUCAUACGUCAACGAAGGCGGCGACCAAGACACGUCAAUGAGUCUGCUCAGCUUUGGAGCUGACCGGGGCUUCCUCUCUUUCUUCCCAGUACAUGGGACCAGCAUUUACGAGAACAACACGCUCGUUAGUACAGACAACAAGGGCAUGGCAGCUUAUUUAUACGAAGCCUCUGUCGAGCCGAACGCAAUGCCUGGACAGCAAACAUUCGUCGCUGGAUUCGCUCAGGCUAAUGUUGGAGACACUAGUCCAAACACCCUCGGCGCUUUCUGCGAGUCGCCUGGUAAACCUUACGAUGGCCAGCCUUGUCAAGCCAACUCUUCUACUUGUGGCGGUACCGCUGAGCAAUGUCACGGCCGUGGUCCUGGAUUUAAUCUUGACUCGUAUGGAUUCCACUCCAACAUGAUGAUUGCGCAGACCCAAGCAGACGCGGCCAAGGUCAUCAUGAACAAGCAACUCUCGUCUGUUGCGGGGACUGUCCGCAGCGUUCACAUUCACCUUAACAUGGCCAAUCACACGUUCACUCUUCCCAAUGGCAGCAAAGCUUCAACUUGCCCUCCCGCUAUGGGUUACUCGUUUGCAGGAGGAACCACUGAUGGUCCUGGAGCUCUGGAUUUCAUUCAAGGCGACAACGCGACAACGCAAAAUCCUUUAUGGGAAAUUGUCAAGGGCUUUGUCACCCCGCUUCCUAACGCUGCUCAGAGAGCAUGCCAUGCACCAAAACCAAUCUUGCUCAACACUGGCUACGCCACUUUCCCUUACACUUGGUCCCCCAGCACCGUGGAUAUCCAGUUACUGAAGGUCGGUGAGCUUACGACUAUGGCUGGUCGUCGUCUGAGGAACGCUGUUCGCUCCGCCCUCAUUUCCAACAAGAUUAUCGACAACAGCGCUUAUGUUGUCGUUGCGGGUCCUGCCAAUACUUACGGACACUAUAUCACAACCCGUGAAGAGUAUGCUAUCCAACGCUACGAGGGUGCCUCAACGAUCUAUGGGCCAAACACUCUUGAUGCAUAUAUUGACAAAUAUACCUCCCUUGUUCCUUUCCUUGCCGACUCCCCGACAGGGAAGCCUGCCUCGGACGCUGCCCCACCAGAACUACAAUCCUCUGCCAUCUCUCUCCAAACCGGCGUCGUUUUCGAUGCCGCCCCUAUCGGACAGAGUUUCGGGCAGGUUUUGGUCGAUGUCGCAACCAACAGGUCCUACACUGCUGGACAAACCGUCUCUGCCCAGUUCGUCGGUGCCAACCCACGAAACAACCUUCGUUUGGAGGAGACUUUCAUGAGCGUCGAGCAACAGACGGGCGGUAGCUGGAAAGCGGUCCGUUCUGACUCGCAUCCCUCGACGACCUUCCAAUGGCUUCGCAUCAACACGAUUCUCGCUACCAGCACCGUUACUCUCAACUGGACCAUCGAGGCUGGGACGCCGGCUGGUACCUAUCGCCUCAAGUACUUUGGCGACUCUAAGCCGUUCAUCGGCUCGAUAUCCGCCUUCACGGGCACGUCGUCAAGCUUCACAGUGGCAUGA